CCGCUUGUUUCUGUGAUUUCUGAUGAGCUGAAUCGGCCACUUGUCGUGGGAUCAAUUGACCACUACUGGGACCCAAGCGGGGAGGAAUCCAAUUCAAGUAUCACGCGGCCGAGAUCCGUCCGAAGAUUCCAUGAAACCAUUUCACGGCGUACGCGGCGACUCCACAGGAGACCGUUCCUGUUCUCGCCCUGUCAUCUGUCUCCGGGAUUCUAAUCUUUCCAAAUCCUCCUGUUUCCAAGCAGCGAUUUUUGUGGUUAAACCCGUAUUAAGUCGAGGCGUUGCCUUGAGGGUUUUCGAUUGGGAGGGGAGCAAUGGAGUUGCUGAAGAGACAAGCAAGCAAGUGGAGGGAUCAGGUCGCCAAGCAGCAGCAGGUAGUGAUAAAGCAGUUUAGGGCACUUGGUUAUCAGAGUUCUGAUGCAAUGGUUGUAGAUGAAAUGGAAUCGCAUCAACAUCGGCAAAUAGAGACGUUAUGUAAAUCUACUCGUGCAGGAAGGGAUUUGCAAAAGGACAUUAUCCGAGCUGCUGAAGCCUUUGCAACCAUAGGGCACAAACAUGUUGAGAUAGGGACAACACUAUCUGAGGAUUGUUGCAAAUAUGGAGGAGAGAACCAAGCUAGCGAGACAAUUCUAGCCAAAGCGGCAGCUUUGUAUGAUGGUGCACUAAAAGAUGUUGAGAAAGAGCAUGAAGAUUUCAACACAUUUUUAUCUUCACAGAUUAUGGACCCACUGAGAACAAUGGUUACUGAUGACACACUGGAAAAUGCAGGAAAUCUUGCUCAACAGUACAACCGCGUGAGACAUGAAGCUGAGACCCUGGCAGCAGAAGUUUCAAAAAGGCAAUCUCGAGUAAGAGGAACUUCCAUUCUUGAAAACACUGCAAAAGUUCAAUCAUCUGAAGCUAAAAUGUAUGAACUCAAAGCAAACAUGACACUGCUAGGAAAGGAAGCUGCCACUGCUCUAGUUGCUGUUGAAUCACAACAACAAAGACAGACAACUCAGCGCCUUGCUAGUUUGGUGGAGGCAGAAAAAUUGUUCCAUUUAAGACUAGCUGCUAUACUUGAUGAUGUUGAAGCUGAGAUGAUCACUGAAAAGCAGAGAAAAGUGUCUGCUCUUCCUUCUGCUCCAUUCCAUAAACGCUCUGAGAAAACCUUAUACUUUCUUGCUGAGGCUAUCUAUCAGUUCAGUGCCACUUCUGAGAAGGAGCUGAGUUUGGAAGUUGGUGACUAUGUUGUUGUUCGACAGGUCUCGCCAUCAGGGUGGUCUGAAGGGGAAUGUAGAGGCAAGGCAGGGUGGUUUCCAUCAGCAUAUGUGGAGAAACGCGAUGACAUCCCCCCCAACAGAAGUCUUAGCUUAAUUGCAUCGUAGAAAUUUAGUUAAACGCGAUGGCUUGCACAUUAUUUAGGAGAUGUGUUUAUCUAUUCUUUUAUGUAUCAAUCCAC